AUGAUUAUGAGACCCGGGGACCGGGAUCGCUCUGACUUCCCCAGUGCCACCACUGGAUGUCCCUGGGAGACCAUCCAGCCUUCCUGCAUCCGGCGUUAUUUCAUCCAGUUUUCCUGCACCCAGCGUUCCUGCACCCAGCCUUCCUGCAGCCAGCAUUCCUGCAGCCAGCCUUCCUGCACCCAGCGUUCCUGCACCCAGCAUUCCUGCACCCAGCCUUCCUGCAGCCAGCCUUCCUGCAGCCAGCCUUCCUGCAGCCAGCAUUCCUGCACCCAGCCUUCCUGCACCCAGCGUUCCUGCACCCAGCCUUCCUGCACCCAGCCUUCCUGCAGCCAGCCUUCCUGCAGCCAGCCUUCCUGCACCCAGCAUUCCUGCUCCCAGCAUUCCUGCACCCAGCAUUCCUGCACCCAGCAUUCUGGCAGCCAGCCUUCCUGCACCCAGCCUUCCUGCAGCCAGCCUUCCUGCAGCCAGCCUUCCUGCACCCAGCAUUCCUGCUCCCAGCAUUCCUGCACCCAGCCUUCCUGCACCCAGCCUUCCUGCACCCAGCCUUCCUGCAGCCAGCCUUCCUGCAGCCAGCCUUCCUGCAGCCAGCAUUCCUGCACCCAGCCUUCCUGCACCCAGCCUUCCUGCACCCAGCGUUCCUGCACCCAGCCUUCCUGCACCCAGCCUUCCUGCAGCCAGCCUUCCUGCACCCAGCGUUCCUGCACCCAGCCUUCCUGCACCCAGCCUUCCUGCAGCCAGCCUUCCUGCAGCCAGCAUUCCUGCACCCAGCAUUCCUGCACCCAGCCUUCCUGCACCCAGCCUUCCUGCACCCAGCAUUCCUGUACCCAGCCUUCCUGCACCCAGCAUUCCUGCACCCAGCAUUCCUGCACCCAGCGUUCCUGCCGCGCUCCCCGGGCAGCCCUACAGCAUUCCCGCAUCCCAUCCCGCAUCCCGGCCCGCGGGGCAGCCUCGGGCCAGCCCCGGGAGCUCCUCUGA